AUGUGCGCUAAAGAGGCUGCAGUGAUGGGCACUGAUAGGCUGCACUGAUGGACACUGAUAGGUGGCACUGAUGAGGAGGCACUGUAUUCAGGGGCGGACUGACAACUCAUGGGGCCCCCGGGCAAUAGGGGAUCAUAGGGCCCCUGUUUCCUUCCCAAACUCAAACAAGCCUAUGAAAAAGGUACCAGGGGCAUCUCAUUGGGCCCCCUACUGACCCCGGGCCCUCGGGCAGUGCCCGAGUUUCCAAAUGAUCAGUCCGCCCCUGUUAGUAUUUUGAACUGAAUGCAUUAGGAGGGUG